UGUACACAGUUGGAUGAUGGAAAGUGAGAAAAGUAGUUAUGAAAACAUUCCUAAUGCUGGUGAAAGCAGUAAGCAAAUGGAAGGGGUGUUCCACACUCAUUUGGAUGAGAAGGUUCGUCCUUUGAUUGAUCUAAUUGACUCUUUGAGACUGAUUGGUAUUGAAGAAGAUUUGGCUUUGCCAACUAUCGCAGUAAUUGGAGAUCAGAGUUCUGGGAAAAGCUCUGUGUUGGAAGCACUAUCUGGAGUAGCAUUACCCCGAGGGAGUGGUAUUGUUACGAGGUGUCCACUGGAACUAAAGCUGAGGAAAAUUAAAUGGGGUGUUCAGUGGAAAGCUGUAAUAUCUUAUGGAGAAGAGUUUAUUGAGUUUGAUGACCCAUCACUGGUUGAGGGUUACGUGGAGGCAGCCCAGAAUAAGCUGGCUGGAGAAGGUGUUGGAAUUAGUGAUGAACUCAUCAGAUUGGAGAUCAUGGCUCAUGAUGUGUGUGACCUCACACUGAUCGAUCUUCCUGGGAUUGCCCGAGUUCCUGUAAAAGGUCAACCAGAUGACAUUGGAUAUCAGAUCAAAAAUCUCAUAGGAAAAUAUAUACAGAAGGAUCAAACUAUAAAUUUAGUUGUGGUGCCAUGUAAUGUUGACAUAGCAACAACAGAAGCUCUGAAAAUGGCACAGGAAGUGGAUCCUGAAGGAAAAAGGACAUUGGCUAUUCUUACGAAGCCAGACCUUAUCGACAGGGGAACAGAGAAAAACAUCUUGGAAAUAGUACGAAAUCAAGUGAUCCCUUUAAGUAAAGGAUACAUCAUCGUGAAGUGCCGAGGCCAAAAACAAAUUAAUGACAAGGUCUCUCUGACUGAGGCUACUCGGGUAGAGAGAGAAUUCUUCAGACGUCAUGAAUUCUUUAGUUGCCUGUUAUAUGAAGAGAAAGCAAGUAUUCAGUGCCUUGCCACCAAACUGACUCAAGACCUGGUAGAUCAUAUUAAAAAAUCGUUACCUUUGAUCUCAGAAGAGAUCAAAAAGCAGCUGUGGAGCAUGAGAAAAGAGCUGAGUCAGUGUGAAGCCGGCCCACCACUGGACCCGCAGAAAAAAAAGAUCUUUUUUAUAGAUAUCUUGACAAAGUUCAAUGAUAAGAUCAACUGCUUGGCAUCUGGCGAGGUGGUCAAUAACGACAACUUGUUUGUACUGCUUCGUUCUGAGUUCAAAAAAUGGAAUGAUCAUCUUGACAACACAAAGGCAUCAUUCCACAACACGGUCCAGGAGGUGGUGAAAGAAUAUGAUCUGAAGCACAGAGGACGAGAGCUGCCUGCUUUCAGUGACUACAAGGUGUUUGAGAUGGUGGUGCAGAGGCUUGUAAAACAGCUAACAAUGACAGCCAUUGACACACUCAAAGACAUCAGAGAAACCAUACAGAAACAGUUUCAGGAUGUGUCCAAAACCUGCUUCCUUAACUUCCCUUUUCUCCAGUGUGUUGCAAUGAACAAGAUAGACAACAUUCAGUCAAAGCAGGAGGCCAAGGUGUUGCAGAGGAUCAUGGAGCAGUUUGAGAUGGAGCAACUGGUCUACACUCAAGAUGGCAUCUACUUCAAGACUUUGAAUGAGACUAACUCUGCUAAUGGACAAAAAGUUUCAGAAGACAACUUUGCUGGAUUUGACAACAGAAAUAAAUAUCCUGAAAUGCUGCGGGCUUAUUACGAGAUUGUGGUGCAGCGCUUGGCUGACCAGGUGCCCAUGCUGAUCCGAUACUUCAUGCUGAAGGAAUCUGCGCAGCUGCUGUGCAGUGAGAUGCUGUGUUUAAUGGACGGUGCCAACGUGGCCGAGGCUUUGCGUGAAGAAACAGAGAUCAGCAGACGUCGUGUUGACAUCCAGAACCGCACAGACCGCCUUACACUUGCUCAAGAGAAACUCAGCAACUUUGUUUAAAAUCAGGGGGGCAGUGCAUAGCAAGGUUUUAUAUCAAUUAUUUAUAUUCAGCUAUUUUCUAUUGACUGAAUGAGGUGUUUAGAAACACUAAUCUCUGUAGAUUUGUGGCCCUACAGAACCGACACCAACGAUCUACAAUAAUUUAAAAAAUAUAUUUUUAUGCAAAAUGCCUCAAUAUAAAAAUUACACUUGUAAAUUAAUUUUUUGUUUGUAUUGAAAUAACUUGAAAUAUUGAUGUACAGAUGGUACUCAACCAGAAUAAUUAUUUUAUCAAUUUUAAUUAGUUUACUUGCUUUGCCGCUACAGUAAGUGGCACUACAACUAUAGACUUUAGACUUAGUUAAUUCUCUCAAGGAUUUAUACAUCAUUUCAUUUACAGAACAUUCCUACAACUUUGAAGAUGUGAUUUUUUU